ACCAUUUGAUCAUCGUUGAUUUCUUGCCCGCUUCUGCAUCUCAGUAUUGUCAUUAUCAUUAUUAUUAUUCUCUAUAUUUUGGACCCUAUAUCAUUAUUAUUUUUGAUAUCGUUGGGUUACGCAACAAACUGAAGCAAUCUGCCCUGCUUGACAUAUGCGAGUACCAUAUAAGCGCAGCGAGUAGCUAUGGUGCUCUUGACACAUUCCACAGUUUCUGUCAUUGUAUCGACAGGAGUGGUCUCAAUUUUCACAUUCUUACUAUUUCUUUCUGGCUACGCGCUACAACAACAAUCUGUUCGAACUAUCCAGCAUGUCAUUCGACCGCCGGAGCGUCAUGCCUCGGCGGGGCAGAUCAACAAAAGAAGUCAAGAUCCCCUAUCAAAUUCAAAUACCGGAACGCAACUACAAGACGAGCUGCCCAAGGUGAAAACAGAUACUGGUCCAGGCACAGAGGGCAACUAUGCCUACCUCCAGCUCCUAUCCGACCCCGACCCUUCCAACAUUUGUUCUGCUAUUCUGUUCUUCAAACAACUCUCUACGAACGGAAGUGCUAUACAAGACCGCCUCUUUAUGUACCCAUCAGAAUGGGACAUCAUGAGCCCCCCAAAGCCCGUCUCUAUGGCUCUGUCUCUACUUCGGGCCGCAAGUCUGAAAUAUGACAUAUGGCUCCUACCCAUCGAUAUGACAGCAGCUACAUCAGCCGGAUACCAAACGACAGACACAAAACUCCUCCGCCUGGGUCAGAUUCAAUUCAUGCAGUACGAUGGCGUACUCUAUCUUCAGACACCGGGGCUUCUCCUUGACUCCGCCAAACUAGACUCCAUGCUUCUUGAUCGACCCCUUCCUCUCCGCCAUGACAAGAGUAGAGUCGAGUCAUACGACAAUGAGGCGUGGAGAUCUAUGCCGUUACGUGCGGAGCGAGAUUCAAUUCUUCCGCCUGUGUACCUGGUUACUGUUAAUAAUAUUGAGCAUGGCCACGUCGAGGCUCGAGGCCAUAUUCCCAAUAUGGCAUUGGAAGGAUUCGGAGGGAUAGUUACCGGGACCUGGGGUGUACGGUCGGGAUCGGAUGCCGAAGAAACCUCCGAUGGGAACCCUGGAUAUGUCGUCUUUGAGCGUGAUCAUGAGAAUCGGGUGAAAUGGGAAAACAAUCCAUUGUUUGGCUCCUGGCGAGCACAACAAUAUGGGGUUUGUGAAGGUCUUGAUUUAGACGACGUAUCCAGCUAUGGUUAUGAUGAAGAUAUUUGAAGUUUUUUGUCGAAUAUUCUUGAGUAUUGACAUUAUGUUUAUAUAUAUUCAGCAUUUUUGGAUGGCGCCAGUGAUAUAUCUUCUUUUUUUUUUUUUUUCAUUUGUAUUUAUGGAUAUGGAUGGGUUGUAUAUACUCCGUGAACCGGUACGAAUAUAUGAUUUGAACGAUAAGUGGAUUGCGAGUCUCAAAUAGCAACUUUAAAUAUUAUCCCUAUCCGACAGCCUAUAUAUGAGGAUAUCAACCCACGAGAAACACCCAAGUCGUACGUGGUAGCAAUAUAAUAACACGUUGUAUAGUACAUAUAGUAUCACUCCCUUAGAAGCAAUGCAAAGAGAAAUUCGAAUGAUAUUAUAGAACUGGAUCGAUCACGCUACCGAG